UAAUUAAUUCCUCCCACCGCCCCCGCUUUGAAAUUCCUCGUUCUCCAUUUCACACGCGUUUCUUCUGUUCCUAACCCAUACCCUUCUCCCAUAUAUCUAUAUAUAUAUCUCUCUCUGUCUCUCUUCAUUUCAAAAUUCAUCAUCCAUACACACCUUUUAUAUAUAUCACUCGCAAUAUGGUCGAUUUAGAUUGGAAAACAAAGAUGUUAUCUUCCGAUAUGACCAACAAAUCACCCAAAUUUACAAAUAAACUCAAUAUUUUGGUGCCACCUCCGUUUCGCGCCGGUGAAUUGUCGCCGGCGUCUGAGUCAGCAUGCUCGGCUUACGAGAACUACAUUCGUCUCCCGGAGCUGAAGCUUCUAUGGAGCUCUAAAGAGUUCCCUAAUUGGAAAAAUGGGUCCCUUAUCAAACCAGCUUUGCAAGCUUUGGAGAUUACGUUCCGGUUCGUUUCGACGGUGUUGUCCGAUCCGAGACCGUACGCGAACCGGAGGGAGUGGAAGAGGAGGCUCGAGUCGCUCGCGACGAGUCAGGUUCAGCUCAUAGCUCUCCUCUGCGAGAACGAAGACGACGGGGAGGCACGUGGGACGGCGCCGAUCGUUGAUCUGACCUCGUCGGGAGGCGUGUUGGCGCGCGAAGGAAGCUCCGCCGAGGUGUGGAAGCUCCACGGAGAGACGACGGUGGUGAGCCGAACCAGCGAGGCCAGCUUGCUGCCUCGGCUGGCCACGUGGCAGAAGUCGGAGGACGUUGCACAGAAGAUCCUGUACUCUAUCGAGUGCGAGAUGACGAAGUGUCCGUACACACUCGGUCUCGGCGAACCGAACCUCGCCGGAAAACCAUGCCUCGAUUACGAUCUCGUCUGCAAACCGACCGAGCUUCAUAUUCUGAAGAAACCCCCAAUGAAUCUCGAAAAUCACGAGAAUCAAACUCUUUACACUACGCACCAGAUCUUAGAGUCGUGGAUCUACGUAUCGCAACAGCUUCUGAGACGAAUUAGAGAGAGAAUCGACAGCAAAGAAUUCGAAAAAGCUUCAACUGAUUCAUGGAUCCUCGAGAGGACAUGGAAAUUUCUUGCCGAAAUUGAAGAUCUCCAUUUGCUUAUGGAUCCAGAUGAUUUUCUCCGAUUGAAGAACCAGCUCUCGAUCAAAGCAUCAACCGAGUCGGAAGCAUUUUGCUUCCGAUCUCGAGCACUCAUCGACAUAACGAAACAAUCCAAGGAUCUGAAACACAAAGUUCCGAACAUCUUGAAUGUGGAGGUAGAUCCCAAAGGAGGGCCGAGAAUUCAAGAAGCUGCGAUGAAGCUGUACCGGGAAAAGAGAGAUUACGAGAAGAUCGAUUUGCUUCAGGCGUUACAGGCGAUUGAAUCGGCUUUGAAGAAGUUCUUCUACUCGUAUAAGCAAUUGCUUGUGAUUGUGAUGGGGAGUUUGGAGGCGAAAGGCAAUCGAGCAUUUCUGGCCGUCGAUUCGAGCGAUUCGUUGUCUCAGAUCUUUCUGGAGCCGACAUAUUUUCCGAGUUUGGAUGCUGCGAAGACAUUUCUGGGAGACUACUGGAGUCACAGACAUGGAAGUCGCAGUCCAGAGAAACGAGUCGACAAAGAAGAAGGUAGACUCGGUGUGUGACUCGCUGUUUGGUUGGCAACAUGGGACUUGGAAAGUCAAAAACUCAUUUUAUUUUUUUAUACUUUGAAUUUUGUAUACUCAGUUAUUUGUAUUUUAGAUCUUUGUAAAAUUUUCACAUCAUUCUUAUAUAUAAGUUAUUCUUUUUCACA